AUGUUACCCCUAGUACCGAUCCUACGAAACUACGAUCUUUCGCCGGAGUAUGGCUUCCUGCCUCCAGAGCUACCACUCGAGACCUUACCCGACAGGUACUAUACGGAAUGGGAAGCAAUCGUGGCAGAUCUGCAGCCGUUACUACUUAGAAAGUAUAUUCGAUCCGCGAUUGAUCGCCUUCCUUGCCUCUCCACAGACUAUCUAAAGACGGUUGCCGAGUGGCGUCGUGCAUAUGUGAUCUUGGUGUUCUUGCUCCAUAGCUAUGUUUGGGGUGGGGAUCACCCAGCCGAGAAGAUCCCGCCGCAGCUAACAGUCCCCUUAUUUCAAGUGUGUAAGCGCCUAGAGGUGCCUCCCGUAGCGACCUACGCGGGAGUCUGUCUUUGGAACUACAAGCCAAUCUUCCCCGACGAGCCUACCAAGAACCUUGAGAAUCUCGCGUGCCUGCAGACAUUCACCGGGUCUCUCGAUGAACAGUGGUUUUAUUUGGUGUCAGUGGCAAUCGAAGCACAAGGUGCCCCAGCACUUCCCCUUAUGCUCCGGGCAAUUACGGCCGCUCGCGCCGGCGACACGUGCCAGGUCACAGACUGUUUACAGCAAGUUGCAGAGAUCAUCAGCAAGAUCACCUCGAUCUUACAACGUUUAUAUGAAAAUUGUGACCCUAAUUAUUUUUAUCGCCGUAUUCGGCCCUAUUUAUCGGGCAGUAAGAAUAUGAGUGAGGCAGGCUUGCCCCACGGUCUGCUGUACGAUGACGGGACCAACCGCCCAGUGCAUCGCCAGUACGGUGGUGGGAGCAAUGCGCAAAGUUCACUGAUUCAGUUCUUCGAUAUUGUCUUGGGUUCGCGCACCGGAUUUAUCCAUGAAAUGCGCGACUAUAUGCCCGGCUCCCACCGUCGGUUCUUACAAGAUGUCGAAGCAGUUGCGAACAUUCGCUCAUAUGUUGAUGAUCGGCGCACGGAUUUUGCUUUGCAAUUCGCGUACGAUACCUGUCUGUCAAUGCUACGAGAGAUGCGCGACCAGCACAUUCAGGUCGUUUGCCGCUACAUUGUUGUCCAGUCCCGUGUAAACCAACAGACACCGCCGUCCGGUACACAUCCUAUGGUGAUAAAUUCAGCUACUAUGGUUCCGGAAGAUCGCAAAAUGCUUCGUGGUACAGGUGGCACAGCGCUCAUUCCCUUUCUUAAACAAGCCAGGGAUGAGACAGCGGAGCCUGUCAUCGAUGCAAGGGCGCGACGACUGCUGCGCCACAAGCCCGGUUCACUCGAACCGGCCUCGUUGAGUAAGGUCGGAGAGCAACCGGAUGAUCAUCCUCAACUGGUUGAUCCCUGCGGGACAUGGACGGCUGGCCAUAGCGAAGGUGGCAUCUGCCGCUGGUGA